UUAUUUAUUUAUUUUUGGGAAAGAUUUUAAUAAGUUGUUACCUGUUGAAGCAGUUGAACUAAAACUUCCAAGACUAAUACCAACCCUCCAAACCCAACAGCCUUAUCAUCCCCAUCUCUCUUAACACAGAAAAAAAGAACUGAUUAAAGAUUAACCAAAUCCAUGGCUACAGAAGAUUUCAGCUUCCCCACAAUUGGAGACAAAUUCUCAUGUGGCAUCGAUUCACCACCUUUGUGGAACCUAUCUCCAAUUGCCUCACCAAAUUCCAGACACGAAGAACCACCAAAAGGGUCUGCCAAAGAAGAAGGAAACGACUUAAAGGAUGAGAAAGAUUAUUGCUUUUGGCCAAAACCAAUCGAGUACAUAAGACAAAGAAAGAGCUUUUCACACGUAGAGACUGGAGGGAAAUUGGUGAUUAAAGAUGGAAAAGAAGACGGUGAUCAUGAAGAGCAAAAGAUGGACAUGUUGUGGGAAAACUUCAAUGAAGAAUUAUCAAAGAAUUAUAGUUCAAGAUCCAAUACGUCUUCUAGGAUGCAAUUUGGCUGUGUUAAGGCAUUGAAAACGUCCAGCAAUAGUGCAACGCUUACAACUAAGAAGCCCGGCAUGGUUGUGAUUUUGAAGGGCUUAAAGAAGCUUUUCUUGCUCCAAAACUCCCAUGAUCGGAAGCUUCAACGGCCCCCACAUAGUCAUCAAUGAGACAAAGUUAGCUACACAUUCAAUUCUUGUCUUGGUUCUAUGUUUGUUGAUAUUUUUUUUCCCGGAUUAUUGAGGCCUACACUCCACUCGGCACUGACCAAUCACAAUGCACCAGGUCAUGGGAUCUGGACAGCUGCUUUUGUCUUUUUAAUGUAUAUGUGUACGAAGUAAAUUUUUUUCCUCUGAUGUAUAUACAAAGUAAAUUGGUAAAUUUUGAGUUGAAAUUAUGCUUUA